CGGAUUCCACAUCGAGGAAUUGAGGAUUGAGUGUUGUAAGGGCAAGAGCUGGUUUUGAAGACUGAACCCGCUCAAUCAGGUUGGGCCGAAAAGAGGGGACCCGGAGAGGAGACAAAACAAGUCCCCGAAGGAGAGCAUAUCACUAUGCCACGACGAACCAAAGCCUGCGCUACAUGCAGGCAGAAGCGCAUCAAGUGCGAUGCCACCCUCCCGCAUUGCAUCAUGUGCAAGCGCUUCGGACGCGAAUGUCCAGGCGUCACGGAUGCGCCGUUGCUCUUUAUCGACAACAGCUCCUAUCCCUCGGGCAAGAAGCCUCGCCGUAAAAAGCCCGGCUCGCAAUCCGAGAGCACUCCCGCGGGACCGGUAGGAUGGGAAGUUAUGGGUUAUGGGCAUGCAGGGAGAGGACUGCCGGAGGAGUUAGCGUUCGUCAUGCUCUCCCAGGUAUCCCCUCGCUACGUCCUCAACGAGGCCUUCUUCGCGAACCUGGUCUGCUACUUCUGCGCUGAAGGGCGCCACAUCCCCGGCUCCGUCCGCCGAACGCCCUCGUGGCUACACAUACUCCCGCGCAUGGCGGCGUCUGGCGCUCCGUCUCCCGCGUCCAAUUCCAACGGCGCUAAUGCCCUGGGACUCGCACUGCGGGCAACAACUGCUGCCUUUAGUGGCAUUGAAACACGGAACCAGGGCCUGCUGCAGUACGCUUAUGGGCUUUAUGGAGCGGCGUUGCAAUCCCAAGGACAUGUGUUGCAAGCCAAGGGGCCAAAGGGCGUGGGCAUGAAUAUGGUGGCUGCGAGCGUGAUGCUGAGUAUGUUUGAGGCUGUGGUUGCGACGACGGGGCAGGCGUAUGCGGAGCAUAUUGUGGGUGCGAGUAAGAUGAUGGAAGUCGCGCUUUUGCAGGUCCCAGCUGAGAGGGAAGGUGCACCGCCCGGAGGUGCAUCAGGAGGGGGCGGCCCCGGGCCGUUGUUGACGAAUCUGUUUUUCCACGUAAGAUUCCAGUUGGCAUUCGUCUAUCUCACGAGUCAAGAGGGGAGGGUCAGACGGGAUGAAUGCAUCAAGAGGGUGCUGAUGGGUGCGUGUGGGUGGAGGAAAGAAGAGUUGCCGCUGAUGCAGAGAUUGGUGGGAUGUAUUGGGUCCCUAGCUGAGAUAUACUUCGACGCUUCACCAUCGCCGACUACCGCCACAAGGGCGAGGAAGAGAAGAGCAGGAUCUGAAGCCUACAUACGGGCCAAAGAGGAGGUCGAUACGCUGUGGCAGGACUACGAACCCAUGAUCAAGCGGCAGAGACUGUGCUGGACGAACCCAGAAACGGGGCAUACAGAUUUCCGUGACCCCUUCACAGCGCUCAACUUCGCCUACUUCUCUGCCGCCCGGAUCCUUCUCUCUCUAGUCUCUACCAACCCAGACCCCGCUCCCCCGUCCCACAUCCCACCCUCCUUAUCCAGCAAAUCCGGCUCAACAUCCAAGACAAGCCCAGCCCUAAGCUCCUCCACAGUCCCCGCGUCCAGCACCCCAGUCUCCUCUAGUCCCGAUUCGCCCGACUCCGUGGCUGCGGACCAUCAUGCGUUGAUAUUAGACGUAGCAUGGUUCCUCCGCCUGCGCGACGUCGGCUUUUCCUACCUGCGCCUGCACGUCCCACUUUUCGUCGUCGCGCUGCACGCCCCGCGGGAAGAACAGCGCAGAGUGGCGCGGAUGAUAUUCUCCGAGUGGAAAAACGGGCAGUUACGGGGGAUUGGAAGCUUGGGGAUGCUCGGGCUUGAAGGGCCCCAUGAGGCGAGGGAGGUAGAAGUAGAAGUCAGGGGUGGAGACAGACGGUUUAACAUCUCGUCCUCUCUAUAA